GGCAGGCAGCCGCCUCGCGAUGGCAAGUGGCGGCCAGCAGCGGAUAAUCCAGUUCACUGGAUUUAGAAAACAAGAGAAGGCGGCACUAAUCCAGCACCUGUCCAAACUGGACUGUGUUAUUUUAGAUAGUAAGAAAUACAGAAAUCAUACCACGCAUCUUAUAGCAAAAAAGCUGUGCAAGAGUGAAAAGUUCUUAGCUGCUUGUGCUGCAGGAAAGUGGAUACUAACUAAGGAGUACAUAAUUAAUAGUGCCGAAAGUGGCAGAUGGCUUGAUGAAACAACGUACGAAUGGGGAUAUAAAAUUGAAAAAGACACCGAUUAUUCACCUCAAAUGCAAUCUGCACCUAAAAGAUGGCGCGAAGAACUGACACGCACUAGGGCUCCAGGGGCCUUCCACAGAUGGAAAGUUGUCCUCCCUGUUAUAGAAGGUUGUAAACGAAUGGAGUGUAUUAGAAGAGUUCUUGAAGCUGGAAAGGCAACCAUAUGUUCCUCUUGGAAUGAAGGGUGCGGUAUAACUCAUAUAUUCGUCAAUAAUAAAACUCUUCCUACGCAAAACAAAAAAUGUGUCUCUGAAGCUCGAUGCUACCCUUUGCAAUAUCUAGGAGAUUAUCUUUUUCAGGAGGAAAUACAAAAUAUCGAAGAUAUCCAAAUGAAUCCUUCCCCGCCUGCACAAGAAACAGACCAAACCAUGUCUAACGUGCAGCUUGCUGAAAUAAAAAAUGCUCUUAUAAAACAUAUGUAUUCUUCUGUGGCUCUUAAGCACAGGUUUGCUCAAAAAGAUGAGCUGAACAAAUGCAAUCCAGAGGUUAAAUGUACUGGCCAGUCCGGAAACUCAUGGUAUAUACUUGAAGGAUUAGUGGAAGCGCGGUUAUUUCCUGAUGUAAUCACAGAACUUUCUGCUGCUCAGAAGUAUGCUACACCUCCCGUGGGACUGCUCCAUUCUCUUCUAGAAUAUGCUCUAAAGGGACAGAGUGAUGCAAUAUUGUAUGCUAAAUUUCAUCAUGUUUUGGACCUUAUUCUCUACCAUGAUCCUCCUUGGAAGUCCCCAUCUAUGUUGAAUUAUUAUUUGGAUCUUCUUCAGUGUCCUGUCUGUAAGGAAGGCACGUGGCCCUUCAUACAGGUGCUUAUAAGGUCUUGCCUUUAUUGCAAAGCCAUUUGUCAUGAAGUCCCAGUUUCAGAGAAAGGAGAUGAACAGAGGAUAGCUUACAAAACAGUAUUGAAGUUUUUCUUUGAUUUAGUAAAAGCUGAAGUACAGUUUCUGACAGAAAGUUUGGUUGAAGGGACCAAUUCACAGCAUCAGCAAGUCAUGCCACAGACAGUUCUUCUGAAGACCUUUUGGCGUGAAAGCAAAAGCUCAGUGCUUUUUACCAAACACAUAAAUAUUCUAGCAGAUUGGGUCAUACUAUCCCAUAGAGAAUUGGACAGAGAAAAUGAUGCCUUCAGAUGUGAAUUAACUCAUCUAUUAGACGGAAUUCUUGGAACUGUAGUGGAAUAUUGGAUCGUCUCAAGUUUGCUUAUGGACAGAAACGAGUUUCAUCAAAUAGCUGAAGAUUUGUCACAGCACCUUGCCCUUUCGUGUGAUGGUUUUCCUAUAGAUGAAUUAAAAAUGUUCAUUUGUACCAUCCCAUCCCCCUGGCUUCAAAUGUUUGUCGCAGAAGCAGUUUUUAAAAAAAUGUGUUUUCGGAGAAAUAUAACUAUUUCUACAGAACCUCUUUCUCUUCAGAAGAUAGUCUGUUCCUAUUCAUCUGCUUUGCGAGAGAUAGGGAUGCAUGAGAAAAGAAAGAUAGACAAAGCAAUGGAAAAGAAAACAGGACAAUGGCUGUGCCCUGAGUCUGAGUCUCAAAGUGUAUUACAGAUGCCAAAUGGCAAUAAGCAGAACCAAGUCAAAGUGCUGCCUGAUCUACCUGACUUAAGCUUUAAUAAGCGCUCUUCAUUCAUGAAGCUUAGACCAAAACCAAAAGUUGAGGCUGCAUGUGGCAAAAAGAAUUGCCACCUUUUGCCUGAAGACACACAUUUUUGCAGGAGAAGUGUUAAAGGAGAGACAGCCCUGCAUAAAGCUUGCAUAAGUAACAAAGUGGAGAGAUUGAUUCAGCUUCUCUCUAUCCCUGGAACAGACAUUAAUGCUAAAGACGAUGAUGGCUGGACGCCUUUGCAUGAAGCCUGUAACCAUGGCAGCACAGUGUGUGUCCGUGAAAUUUUGCAACGUUGUCCAGAGGUAGACCUGCUCACUCAAGUGGACGGGGCGACUCCUUUGCAUGAUGCACUGUCAAAUGGACAUGUAGAAAUUGGCAAGCUGCUACUUCAGCGUGGGGGACCAGUCCUUCUACAGCAGAGGGACUCCCAUGGAAAAUCGCCACUGGAUUAUGUUGAGUCCACAGCAGUAAAGCAAGAACUUUUGAACAUUAUUCAUCUGGAAGAGAGCACUGAAAGCUUCUGUGAACACACAGAAGAAGAUUUCCGUCAGCAGGGAGAACUGUGGUUGAUUUUAUUUAGUAAGAUGCUGCUGAAUUUUUGUUCAGUUUACAAUCUGUUUUCACCCUUUACUUUAACUCUCAGAGAAGUAGCUUGUUCAAAUGUACUUUCAGUAAUGGCACGUGAUAACUGUAAGAUGAAAAAUGCAUUUUCUGCAGAUUGGUUAGUAGGUACAUAUUUUAGAGAGCUUGAAACUUUUCAAAAGCUACCACAGUUUCUUCCAGAAAUAUCUGCAAACGCAGGUUUUUUCCCUGGAGAACAGAUGAAGGCUUUAUUAGCAACUCUGAAUACUAUGGUAGAGGCAUAUCAGCUCUUUACUUAAAUCUUUGUAACAGUUACCUCCCAAACAAGCUGCAUUGUUUGAAUCUUGGCUGUUAACCCUUGUUAUUGGGAUAACUUUUUUUUCCAGCGACCAAAGAGUACAAAUUUCACAGCCCUACACAAGUCCUCAUGUUAGUAUCUGCCUUGUUGUUGAUACUUCCCUCUGCUAGAACCCCAGAUCAGAUGCAUUGAUUCAGUGCAAUUUUUAAGUAGAAUUUUUCCAAUACCAGUGCCUUCUAGUUGUCUGACAGAUCUGGAAGCCCUUGACCACCUCAGGAGGGUGCUAUGUCAUCUACACUAUGUUAAACUUUGUAUUUUCUAUCCUGGAAAUCUUUGCUACCUGCUUUACUCCAUAGUUCUCUUUUUUGUUUCCAGAGGUAGUGACCCAAAAGUAAAACAGCAAGCCGUUUUUCCUAGAGAAAGGCUUGUUGCCCACAUAUGUAAAUAUCCUUUCAUAAAACUGAUAGUAUAAAUAUGUCAUUAAACAAAAACAUAUGGAAAAGCAAAUACCUUCUAAUUUUUCUUAUUUAUCCUUGUCCUGUAAAAAUUAACAGUAUGUUGUGUAAAUUAAUUACAUUGUGUAAAACACAAACCAGAAUAUAGGUAGAUUAUAGACUAUAUUUAUAGAAGGAAUCAGUCUACCAACAUGUCCCAUGUCUUUGUUAGUUAGAAACGGUCACACAAAGGCACAUGGAAAACCUUUUUCUCCUGCCUCAGCACCGUGGCGCUCAUGGCUGCGUCUGUGUGCGCAGUGCCCGCCUCGAGGAGACCGGCCCGGAUACAUGGGUGGUUUGCAGAACUCCAGUGGGUGCCACCAACCAGGGCUUUCAGACAGUUCCUUGGACAGGGAUGCUGCUGCGAAGGGCCACAUCCACCCCUCACAGCGUCCUUGUCUCUGCUCUGGUGCGUGUUGGCUUGCGGUGGUUUGAUAAAUCCGUUAUGCUGGUGGUGUAUAAAAUGAUCUGGUAACACUCCUGAGAGUCCCUCAACUAAAGAUGCGGGUGGAAGCUGUGGCACAAAUCUAGUUAUGUUGGCAGGGGAAUUCACAAAGGAUUAGAUAAGACAGUUUAAGUAUGUACUGGGCAUCAGAUUCUGACACUAAGUAUGGAUCUCCUUAAAAAUUAUACCCCAUUUUAAUGUGAGAAUGUUGUUCUCCAUUCUGUGAAUACAU